AUGUACGCUGCACGCGCCGCUAAGCCUAAGCUCUCUUUGAGCAUCGCUGCUGCCUCGACCAGCAACACAUCACGUCCUGUUCUAUCCCUCAAAUCUCCCGUUGCCAUGACUAUGACCAUGUCUCCUCGGACACCACUAUCGCCUUCUCCUCUGAGCCCAACUGCUCGCAACACAAAGCUCAACCAACGAGGCUUCUCCACCAUGCAACAACAAGCUACCUUUGCAUAUGCCAACUCUGCCUCUUCGAAAAGCAUCCUCAAGAAGAAUAGCUCCUGCGCCAGCUCCUGCUCCAGCUCUCCAGGCAGCGGCGCUUCUUCUAAGCGAAUCCAGUUCAAUUGCGAGCCCACCAUCCACUGUGUGACCCCUAUUGAGAACACAGAUGACUAUUAUGGUGGCUACGUGAAGAUGUCCAGAGACGAACGACGAUGGCUGCUGCGCUCUUAA